AUGAAAACGGCGAACCUGGACAACUUCGAUGCGAUUCACGAGGAGGUUGCGAAGGUUAUGGAGAAGGAGCUCGACAAGUGCGGAUCCAUGAAGAUUAUGAUUCAAGGGGAGCACGACAAGGGCUGGGAGCAAGUGAAGAUGCGGAUGGAGCAACUUCAAGCUGCAAAGCAGAAGAUCCAGGAGCAGAAGAGAGCGGCAAAGGAGAAGGCGGAGAUCCAUGUGAAGGAGCUCGAUGAUGCCGUUGCCGCAGCUGAGGCUGCAGCCGCGGUCCUGAAGGAAGCCGUAGAGAAGCUCACUGCCGAAGGGGCAGAGAAGUUCAAGUUGGAGGUGCUUUGUGCUUUACCAGAAACUGCCAGCAACUCCUUCGUCGUUGAGGCCUUCCCCGGCGUCGGGGACAUGCCUUCAUUGAAGGAGAAGAAGAGCCACGACGCUGACGACGUCAACCAGCGCCGGGAGCGGAAGGACGUGAACCCUCCCGCUCGGAAGCCAGACCGCUUGGACUACAGCAGGUUCAACGAAAUCGGCGACGAUGAUCGGGAUGAGCGCCUUCAGACCGGAGACGUGUGUUUGACGCACGAGAACAAGUGGACGCUGUGGGCGAGUCGCGUUUUUGAGCAUGCUUCGAUGGUGGCCAAUCAGCGCGACAAGCGGGUGUUAGUGGGUGCUAGAUCAGAUCGUGACGAUGUUCACGGCAAAGGAGACUUCUUGAGGGAAGCAUGUCGGCGGCAAGUUGAGCCCCUGAAACUCUGCCAGAUCAUCGAUCAGAAGCGGCGGGAGGAGGAUGACUGGAAACGUCAGCUCAAGGACGAUGCUGUAGGCAACACCUCUCGACUCAAUGAGAAGCCCUCCGACCUGUCCUGGGUUCAGGGUCGACACUUCGCCAGCUACGAGGCUUUCUGCGUGGGCCGUGUGGAGUCCACCCUGAAGAAGUCCGGCAAUGAGGCGUUCAAGGCCGGCGACCUGGCACAGGCCCAGGCAGACUGGGAAGCCGGAAUCGGCAUGAUCCUGGCGCUUGGGCAGCUUCCCGAUGAAGCCAUCAACAUGCUCUGCACUCUCAGGAACAACCUGGCGCAGUUGCACAUCAAGCGCGGCGAGUGGGGCAAGGUCAAGGACCUGACUGACAAGAUCCUUGACAAGCAGCCUACGAAUGAGAAGGCCUUGUACCGAAGAGCCCAGGCCUUCUUCGCUUUCUCCUUGUGGGAGAAGUGCGAGGCGGACUUAGAUGUCCUGCUGAAGCACAAUCCCGACAACAAGGACGCAUCUUUGAUGCUGCGACAGGUGCAUCAGAAGCUUGGCAAGGCUGGACCUCCACCUGAUGCGAUGGCAUGCUAUGGCCAGGACCGCAAGAAGUUCGCCGGCAAGGCCGUGAGUGACAUUGCUGCGGGUCUUGCGGAACUCUGCCCUGAUG